AUGAGUUAGAAAUGGAAAUUAAUCCCAUAAUACAUAUAAGAAUUAUAAGAAUAGAAUGAUGAAAAUUCGAUGGCAGUUUUAAGAAAACUAGGCAAAUUAUAAAAUUUAAAAGAAUGUGUUGAUAGAGAUGAGAGUGAGUUAAAAAAACAAUAUAUUCUAUUGAUGAGAGAGAGAAAUGAAUAUUUCAAGAAGUUAAAAGCCAUUCAAUAAAUAAAUGAACAAAACCCUAACUCUUAGUUAGCCUAAUCAAUAUAGUUGUUAUUUGAUACAAUUAAUAAGUAACAAUGA